GAUGGAAGACAAUUCACCUGCUACUGUGGAAAGACAGGUUCUAAAGAGGUGUCGUCUUCAAAUUAUUAAGAAUGUUGAUAGUCAGAGUUUGCUAUCGUGCCUUCCAAAUGGAAUUUCUGGUUGGAAGAUAGAAGGAAUUUCUAACGAAGAUAGUGUCGCGGCGUUUUUAGACAGAUUGGAAUUAAGCGAAAAUUAUAUUGUUCAUAGUGUUUUCGAAGAAAUAAGAGCAAAAUUCCCCGAAUUGAAAAUGGUUAUAGACGAUUCAAGAAAAAAGAUUGAACAUCACUCAAAUAUUAGAAUUGAAAGUAAAGCAUCUAGACUGCCAGGAGAUGCAAUUAGAAAUGUACUCUAUUCACAAGAUGAAAUAAAACACGAAUACGUUCAAUGUUAUUCAAUUCCUAAAAAUCUCAACCAUCAUUGGAGUGUUUCAGAGCGCUCUCUUCUUACUGAUGAAGAAUCUGAUGAUAAUGAAAACGAUUUAGAAGUUGUCGUUUUACAACGUGAUCUAGUCUUUAAAAAAGUUCUUAUAUCCGAGAUUGAUGAUGAUACUGCAAAGCCUCGAAAUGAAAGCAUUCCUGUACAUGUUGUCAGUAAAGUAGAAGAAGUAAACAUAAAACCAAAUUCUCCUCCACCUCUACUUACAGAAGCAAUACUACCACCUACUGAUAAUGAUGACGGACUUUCGUCUUUACAUACUACUCAAUCGUCUAGUAAUGACAGCUAUCCCAAAUCUCAUAAAUUACCCCCUCCGCCCAUUCCACCUAAACCUACUAAUUUACCGCCGAUCAAAGUAAAUACAAAAUCCGAAGACGGGCUUUGUCCCCAAGUACCUUCAUCUUCUUCACCAAAUUUACCUAAAGAAACAUCGGAAUCAAAGGAAAGUGGACUUGAGGAGACCAAUUUAGACCUUGUACUACCGCUAGAGUCAAGAAGUCAAAGCGAUUCACAAGUGUUCAAUCAAACAGUAGAUCUAGUCAGUUCGUCGGAUGAAGGUGAUGAAUCAUAUGCUCAAAUCGGAGAUUCAACCGUUUAUAUACCACCGAUUGAUUACAAACAUAGCGAAGUAGAAUUAGAGGAAAAAUUUUACCUUAAGAGAAAUGAGUUCGUUUUAGCUGAAACAGAGUUUGCUAACCAGAAAACCAAGACUCGUUUAGCCUAUGACAAAUUAGGUUGGGCGUAUUAUAUACCUGAUAUAUAUUUGAAGAAGCAAGGUGAUCCAACAAAAGCAGACUGGUUUUAUCCCAUUCCAUUAUCUGCUAAACAUGCUACGGUGCUUUUGCGAUCUGAACCUAUUGAUGGUAUUUUCCUGGUAUACGAAGUGCCAAAGCGGCGAUCAUCUGCUCAUCUAUAUAAUCUUUCUAUUGGAAUGUCCUCUAAACAAGCUUAUCACUAUCACAUUAUUAAAAAUGGAUUGCAUAAUGAUGUAAUGAUAGAGGGGCAUUACAGAUCUUUUAUGGAUGUAAAUGAAUUAAUAGAAUUCUUUAGCUUGGAUAAGGAUGGUCUAGUAUGCAGAUUAAGACGAUCAUUAAAAUGUGCGAGGAAUAGAGAAGAAAUUUUGGAAAAAUGGAAGAUUGACAGACGUGUAUUGAGCAUCCAAUUUAGUAAAUUUGUUGGAAAAGGAGCUUUUGGAACAGUAUAUGAAGGUUUAUAUAAAGGUAUUCCUGUUGCAGUUAAAGUUGUUGACAGACACGAAGAUCAUCCGGCUGAUAUAGAUGAUGUUAUGGAAGAAGCAAAAGUAAUGAUGCCUAUAAAAUUCGAGCAUAUUGUAAGAUUAGUUGGUAUUUCUUAUGUACCAAAUUCUACAUUUUAUCUUGUAUGUGAGUAUCUCAAACACGGCAAUUUAAGAGAUUGCUUGAAGAAGGAAAAGCUCUUCCCUCCCGACGAUAUGGACUCGAAAAUAGAUGUUAUAAUGCAAAUUAUGGCUGCUUGCAUGUAUUUAGAGCAACAACGUUACAUUUUACAUAGAGAUUUAGCCGCAAGGAAUUUUUUCGUUUCGGAUAAAAAAACAGUUAAACUUGGAGAUUUCGGACGAGCAAGAUACGUUAAGGAUGACCACUAUCAAGCUGCAAAAAAUGAGAGUAUUCCUAUAAAAUGGUCAGCACCGGAAGUUCUUCGUCAUUCAGUAUAUUCGUCAAAAUCUGACGUGUGGUCAGCGGGUGUAUGUAUGUGGGAAGUUUUGUCUGGAGAAUAUCCAUUUGGUCAGCUAACAGUUGAAGAAUCGAUUUUGGCCAUAUGUCAAAAAGAAGUUAAGUUAUCUAGGCCUGUUUGUUGUUCAGCCGACCUAUUUGCAAUUAUAGAAUCCUGUUGGCACCAAGAUCCAGCUGAUCGUCCUUCAUUUCAGAGACUUUACAACAGAGUAAAGAGAAAAUCUAGUAUGUAUUAUGGGACAAUACGAAGGGUAAGUACAUACAUCUCGGAAAAAGGGAGCGAUCAGAGAUUAGACUACGGGCAAAAUACGAAUUUUUUCGCUUCCUCUUCAUCCGAUAUAAGUCAAAUCAGUAAUUUGCAUACGCAACCAUCUUCGGGCGUUCGAAAAAGUUUAAGAAAGAUAUCGAAGUUUGUAGCAAACAAGAAAAAAACGAAAUCUAAAUCUGCUAUUAAUUUAUCAAUGGAUAACGGAAAAUCGACUGUUUAG